GCCAUCAACACUGCCAUGUCCAGAUGUGACAGUUGGCCCGCAGGAGGUCAUCUACACAUCUCAAACAAAGCUAACAACAACAUUAUGUUUGCCUCAAUUGCCACAGCUCAUGUGUCGGCAUUACACACAUCCAUAAUUUGUUAUUUAGAGUCCUUACUGAAUUCUAUCAAAAUUGAGCUUCGAUAAACUACGUAUUUUUUGUUACAAUAUGAAUGUACUCAGUUUUGUAACGGCAGUAACGCUACUCUCCUUUUACACAUUAGCAAAUGCUGCCCGUGCCCAGAAAUUUUGCUUGGAUCAGACUGUAAGCAAAUCGCACUUCGCUACCCGAACAUCAUAUGUCAAUGCAUUUGAAGCAUACAACUUUUCCAAACCAGAUGUGCCACCUUUUAUCGGAAAAUGGUCGGACACUUGCAGUGUUGAGGCACAGCAAUUGUGGCUCAUUACACGCCAUGGCAUCAGGUAUCCUCUUCAGAACGAGAUGCAAAGGCUUCUGGCUACUCUUCCAAUUAUUGCACAGGAGCUGAUUUUCAAUCAUAAGGAAGGAAGAGGCUGCCUCUCAGAUGCUGAAGCAGAAAUCUUGGAGAAGUUCACACCACCGUUCAGCAAGCGAGAUGUUGGCCAGCUUGCUGAGGCAGGCGCUGAGGAACAGUUCAUGCUUGGCCAGUUCUGGAAAAAUCUCUUCCCCCAUUUAUUUGAGGAGCCAUAUUCUAGAGAUAUUUAUGAGGUGGAGUUCACAGUAGCCAACCGAACUGGUCAAAGUGCCUACCACUUUCUCCGAGGAGCUUUUGGAGAAGAUGUGGUUGCCAACAAUCCUCUACCUAAACCUCAUUCUCCAAACUUCAAGCUAAGGCCAUACAAGACAUGCCCAGCAUGGCAGGCAGAUGUGCUUAAGAGCAAAACUACGCUGCGUGAACAGAAAUUGUAUGAAAUGGAACCAGAGUUCUUGGCCAUGAUGAGAUCUGUGUCAGAACGACUCGGCUACGUGGAGACCAUGAGCGUUGAUGAUUUGUUGGCGGUGUAUGCGGAGUGUCGAUACGAGACAGCCUGGUGGCCUGUCCGAGAAAGCGUCUGGUGCAGAGCUUUCUCUGAGCGUGAUAUUCUGGUGCUUGAGUACCACCAGGCACUGAGGUAUUACUACGAGCAAGCGUAUGGAGGACCAGCUCUGAACUAUGAGAUGGCUUGCUCUACGGUCUCUGAUCUCCUCAAGCAAAUCAGGGAUAGAAUAUCAGGAAGUUCUCAACGCAAGGCUUCUCUCUACUUCUCGCAUGACAAGGAGCUGCUUUUCCUUUAUACUGCCCUGGGUUUGUAUCGACCAUCCUCUCCCCUCACUCACGACUCAAGAUCUGCUCACAUCGGGGGCCCUUUCGCUAUCAGUUCUUUGGUGCCUUUCUCCUCUAAUCUUGCAUUCGUGCUCUACAGUUGCAAUGACGGUGCAUACCGGGUGGGGGGCUUCCACUUGGGCAAACCGCUGUCGCUGUCUCCCCUGUGUCCUGAUGACACGUCAGGCACUUGUUCCUGGCCGAUAUUGAAGAUUGAAGACAUCGCGCAGUCUUGCAACAUACGCACGCUGUGUCGUCUGCGUGACGAACUCUGAACGCCGCGCAGUCUUGUAACAUACGCACGCUGUGUCGUCAGCGUGACGAACUCUGAACGCCGCGCAGUCUUGUAACAUACGCACGCUGUGUCGUCAGCGUGACGAACUCUGAACAUCGCGUAGUCUUGCAACAUACGCACGCUGUGUCGUCAGCGUGACGAACUCUGAACAUCGCGCAGUCUUGCAACAUACGCACGCUGUGUCGUCAGCGUGAAGAACUCUGAACGCUGCUCUUUGCACUGCAAUUUGCUGGAGCUGAGAAAUAGUCGAUUGUUUUUUUAUGUUGUGUAUGUGUUGUUUCAGUUUAUUUAUUGAUGAAGUGAAUUGUUACGAAUAUUUCGAUCUUCAUUUCAUGUUGCAAGAUGUUUCACAUAACUGCCCUGUGUGAUUAACUUCUUUGAAUGUUGCGAGUGUUCUUGCUGGUUUCUUUUCAUUGUUCGCCAUUUCAAAGUAUUGCUUCAUUUUAUUGCAUCGAAUAAUUUUUUGAAAAUUAUUCAAUAUUUAUCAAUAAUAAUA